AUGAAUCUAAAGCAGACUAGAGCUGAUUGCAAACAAUAUCAAGAAUCUGAUUUUUGUUUGCGUAAAUCUAAAUGCACUUGUAUAAAAAGUUCUACAAACCUAAAACUCGAUAGUAUUAUUUUAGGUGAUAUAACCUCUUCUUUUACAAAUACUAAAAUAUACCUAAAUGAUGAUUUCUCUCCAAAUGAUUACCAAUCCUCUAUAAAUGAUAAAUCAUAUAAUGACAGUUCUAGCGAUAAUCAAGAUACUGAUAAAGAGUCUAUUAGAAGAGAGUAUGAUAGCAAUAAGAAACAUAAUCAUUACACUGGAAAUACUAGAUCAUAUUUUCCAAAUCUUACUAAAUUUCUAAUAUUUUUAUGGAUUACAAAACAUCAAAUAGGCUUUGAAGCAUAUAAAGACUUUGCAAAUAUCAUCAAAAUGUUUCAUAUUUGCUUAUAA